CUUCACCGUGGCAGCAUCGCUGGAGAUGCACGCCGACUGAGGGCUGGCGCGACAAACGCGAGCGUCCCCCUCGAAAGUGCACUUCGACUGGAGAAGGCUCCUUCUGCGCCACUUCAUUUCCCCGCAAUGUCUUUGCGUUUGGAUUAAGUUUCCGCGUCAUUUGGAGGAACGCCGUCCGCGCAGGCAGACAUGCGGAUCACUGUCGCUUCUCGUGGAUGACGAUGUCCCACGAUGAACGCAGACUGCCAAAAUCCACUGCAAGUCCCUCAGCCACAGGUCCGCAGUCAUCUGACCAUCAAAAUGCAAUCCACCCUGAUGUCCACGUGUCCUCCACCGCGUGGUCCGAAGCCUCCUGUCGCCCCCAAGCCAAGACCCUCGUAUAAGCCUCAAACACAGGAGGAGCCCUGUCCCCUGAGUAACGGAGACGCGCCUCACUCUGACGGGGAGACGGAAGAUUUGCCUGAGGUGGCGGAGGAAAACCAGGACAAAGAGGACGAAGCGGAGGCGGAGGAUGGGGUCAGCAGCAAUGGCACAGGAAGCAGGGACACUGAGGACGCAAUUGAGGGAGAAAUAAAGGGGGAUGAAGAAGUAGACGUAUUAGACAAUGAUGGUGAUAUGGACAGCACUGGCUCUGAUGACACAAUCAUGGCAGAUGCAGCCGCUGACGCUACUGAAGAUGAAAGCACUGAGCAGCCCCAAGGUGACAAAGACACUGACAAUGAAAAUACAUCAACGCCUUCGCCUCUUCUGACUGGAACAGGGGAGGAAGCAGGUGUAGAGGAGGAGGAAGAGGAGCAGCACGCUCGUCUUGAUGAAGCGCACUCAGUCACUCAGAGCGACAGGGCCAGCGAUGCUGGAGUUCAUGAAUCCGAGAGUGAAGACCGUCUGCCAACGGACGAGACUCACACGGAAGACGGGGCGUUCGCCUUCGGAUUCAGCCUGCUUCCAACUGUGGCUGAGGAGUAUCCCUAUGAUGUGAUUGGCCCCACGGACGAUGCCAGUGAUACAUGUGAGUCAUGUGACCCGGCUGAAACGGGGGAUGCAGAGGUAUGGCAACCAGAAAGGGCCACUAAGGACAACUCUGGCUGCUUUAGAUUCACAUCCAGCACAGAGGAUGUGUUCGGACCCUAUUCGGUCAUAGAAGCUGUCCCCGGAGAUACAACCGCCACUGCUGACCCAGAGUGGACUCAGGAUGACACUGAUGAUAACCCUGAUAAACCGCCAACAUCAGAUGCUUCCAACCAGGAACCUUACUAUGUGUCAUCAGAUGAUGUUGACAAGCUAGAGGAUAAGCAAGCUCUCUCUGACCAGGUGGAGAGCGAGGAGGGGGUGGAGCAGUCAAGUCGGCAGGACAAAGCAAGCGAAAAUGAGUCAACGGAUGAGUACGCGGACAUCGACGAGUCCGUCUGUCCCAAGGACGAUGACCGCGAGCAGCCGGAGUGCGUCUCGUCGGAAGAUUACGUGGAAAUAGGGGAAGAGGACGAGGAGGAAGAAGCGGAGAAGAAGCACGUCAAAGGCAAAAGCGCGAAGGAGAGGACGGCCAAGCGAGAGCAGGCCUUCCGCAGCCAGCGAAGGAGCUGCCAGCCUCGACUCCGGCUGUGCAACAUCACCGUGCCGGCAGACCUGGACCUGGGCCGCACCCCGGAGCUCACCAACAGGGUGGUGUUCGCCCACACCACUGAGGCCUUCGAGGAAGACAUAGAGGAGCUAGACUGCCAUAUCGUCCCUUACUACGAGGACACCGACUCAGACAGCGAGGAGCACAUAUACGAAGAGGCGGGCUUCGACUCCGAAGGGGAGAACUUCGUCACGCUGGACAGAAAAAGUAUCGUCACCCGGUCACGCUCUUAUUCUGGGAAAGUUCCAGGUUAUGUGCCGGAGACUGUACCCGAGGAGACGGGCACAGAGUACUUGACUCAUGACUAUUGCACCGUGGCCUUAGAGAAGAUGAACGAUGACCCUGUCAUCAGUUCCCAGCAGCCUGGUGUCAACUGUCUGAUCCCCUCCACCAAGUCUCGUCGCUUCAUGUUGUAUUCUCGGUCUGCAGAAGGCCCAGAACUGUCCUUAACCGCCCCCGCAGAGACGGGCCAGUCUCUCAGGAUGAGGAGGAGAGAUGACAACCUUUCACUCCCAUGUGUCAUCACCUCGUCUGGAAGUUUCUCCCAGCGUAGUCAUCAGUCAUCCAGUGGUGUUUCUACGCCCACGUCACUGGUGGAGAUUCCACCUCCCUUUGAGCUGGCAUGCAUCACUAAAAGGCCAGUCACCAAGAGUUCGCCGUCUCUCCUGAUCCAGCAUGAACCCAGUGACCUUCCCAAGAAGAAGAAAUCUUCCUUCAAGCGCUUCCUGGCGCUCAAGUUCAAGAGGAAGCCUGAAUCCAAAGGUUUUAGCGACGGGAGCGUUCGCUCUUCGCGUUCUUCCUCCGAGUCCAGCCACCACGGCCCCGUCAGAGUCAUAGAGCUGGAUCGCAGAAGCACCGGCAGCUCUCCUCAGCUCCAGUCCCACAUGGUGAACCCCCAGCAGCGGCCCACAGACUUGCCGUCGACCUUCGUCCUCUACAAAGACCACCAGAGAAGGAAGGACAACCCCAAAGCGUACGGCAGGGGCGUCUCCAGGGUGGAGUCCUUUGAGGAGCGCUCUCGACGCACUGCCAUGCCGCUGCCCAUGACCAAGCCUCGCUCCAUCUCCUUCCCCAGUGCAGACACGUCAGACUACGAAAACAUCCCAGCCAUGAGUUCCGAUUACGAGAACAUCCAGAUCCCAGGCAGACCCACCAGAUCCCACACUGUUACUGAGUUCUUUGAGGAUCCAAGCCACACGAGUGUUUCCUGUAAUGAAAACGAUGGCUACGUGGACAUGAACAGUUUUUCUGGGAUCGACACCAAACCCCAGGCAGUGAAAGCAGACACCGAAAGUGCCUACACUGAGCCUUUCCCAGUAAACCCAGUCUCUGCUGGGCUGUCGGCGGACGAGGACCACGGCCGUACCUCCGAGGAGGAGGAGGGCGCGGCAGAGCAGGGUUACGACCCACAGAUUGAUGGGCGAUCCCGCGCCUUCUACGUGGCCAAAGAGCUCGUCGACUCCGAGAGGCUACACGUCAACGCCCUCAAGCACCUCCAGGAGGACUUCAGGUCGGCAGCGACUGGGACGGAGGGCGAGGGAGGCGAGCAGGUGCUGGAGGAGCAGAGGCUGGGGGAGAUUUUGGGGGCGCUCCCACAGGUCUACACCCUCCACAGCAGCCUCCUCGCUGAGCUGGAGGAGCGCAUCAGUCAGUGGGAGGAAAGCCCCAGGAUGGUCGAUGUGAUCCUCUCCCGUCGCGAGGACUUCGGUGUGUUUGACACCUACAUCUCAGAGUAUGAUCGUAGCAUGUGCUUACUGGAGGAGAGCUGCAGAAGCAACCAGGCCAUCGCAGACGUCGUCAGGAGAUUUGAGAAACGGGGCCCAGAAGAAGCUGAGAUCCCACUUAAACACCAGCUGCUGCAGGUCAUAGUGAGAGUGCUUCAGUAUCGGAUGCUGCUCACAGAUUACCUGAACAACCUGUCCCCCGACUCCAAGGAGUACGAGGACACGCAAGCUGCCUUGGUGAUCGUCUCUGAGGUGGCGGACCGGGCCAACGACCGUCUGAAGCAGGGGGAGAACCUGCUGCGUCUGGUCCACAUAGAGUACAGCGUGAGAGGCAGGAGGGACCUUCUGAAGCCCGGGAGGAUGUUCGUCAAAGAGGGAACUCUCAUGAAGGUCUCCAAGAAGAGCAGACAGCCCCGACACCUGUUUCUGAUGAAUGAUAUCAUGCUGUACACGUACCCGCAGCAGGAUGGGAAAUACAGGCUCAAGAACACGCUCGCUCUGUCGGGGAUGAAGGUGAGCAAACCCGCCCUGGACGACGUCCUGAACUGCCUCCGGAUCGAAGUGUGUGACAUCACCAUCACGCUUUCUGCCGGCUCGGUCGGAGAACGGGAGGACUGGUUCCACACGCUGAGCCGAGCCAUAGCAGACCACGCGGCAGGACUGUGUACAUUUGGUGGACCCUGUAGUGAUGCCCGUGAGAAGCUGUGGAUGGCCCUGGGGGAAGCUGCUCCGGUGCUGGUGCCCAUUUCCCACGCGACGAUGUGCAUGAACUGCACCUCUGACUUCAGCCUGACGCUCAGACGACACCACUGCAACGCCUGCGGCAAGGUGGUGUGCCGCGCCUGCUCCAGGAACAGACACCCGCUGAAGUACCUCAAGGACCGCGUGGCCAAGGUGUGCGACCACUGCUACGCCGAGCUCCGGAAGAGAGGCGGCAGCGUGUCGGGGGCGUGCGGGAGCUCCAGCCCCAGGGGCCACCGGGCCGCUCGGCCCCUCUCCGCCGUCUUCCAGAGCCUGCAGCCCCCGAGUCUGUGGCGGAGCAGGAAGAGCGCCUCCCCCCUCAACCAGGUGACGCUCGGCGUGGACGGCUCCACCAUGAGCGGCAGCCUGCAGCGCCGGAAGAAGAGCAAGAGGAAGUGGAAGCGGCUGUGGUUCCUCCUCAAAGACAAGGUGCUCUACACCUUCACGGCGCGUGAGGACAAAGUGGCUUCAGAGAGUCUACCUCUGCAGGGCUUCACCGUCAAAGUGACGGAGAAAGCGGAGGGCGAGGAGAACGGCAACGUGUUCCAUCUGUACCACAAGAAGACGCUCUACUACAGCUUCAGGGCUGACGAUCAGCUCACUGCACGCAGGUGGGUUAAUGCGAUGGAGGAAGCUACCGUUUUAUAGCACCUGCUCAGUGAACUGAACACAACUGGAGGACUCCUUGGUGGAGCACAACAAAGCUACCUGCAGCAUCCGAGCUCAGACCAGAAGUAAAACACAAGAAGUGGUCAUGUCUGAGCUCUUGGGGCAUAUUACCUGGCAAACCCGUCACCAGCGCGAUCCAAAUCUAAGACAACGCUGCCACUUAGUGGUGGGAGGAGAAAUCUGACGGCUGCUACUACAUGGAGAGGAUGGAACCUCUCAGACCACAGGAGCAGCUUCAAUACAUCAACCGCUGGAGCCUGAGAAAGAACAUUUCACUUCCUCUGUUUUGCCUUUUUUUACACAGACCAUCACUGAAGUGCAGCCUUUCAAAGUGUGCUCUGCUGGUUUUAAGCGGAUUAUUAAGCCAAUCACCACGCUGUAAAGCAUCACAAAAAGACAUUGACACCCAUAGUGCAUAUUGUGAAGUAUGCAGACAAUGCUGCAUAUACUGAAAUGAAAUAUGAGACCUUUGUCUUGGAACCAGUAGAAUGUCUUUGUUCUACACAUCUGAAGUGCCAUUUGAUUUCUUCUAGCGCAGUUUGUAAUUGAUGACGAAUGUGCCUGAGUUGUCUUUGUGUUAUCACAGUACUGUACAACUGUCAUUUCUCCAGAAGAGACUCUAAUAAUGAAACUACUCUUAUAUUCUAGCAUUUCCAACAGUUAAGUUACGGUCCUGUAAUGUAAGAAUAUACUAUUGUGCAGUUUUAUGAACGCCUUUUUUACGGCUGUAUAUACUGCUGGAUGUAUUCACACUUUACCAAACUCAAACUACCAGUAACUAUUCAGAGUUGGACGACUGAGCCAAACUUGUUUUCAGCCGUAGGAAAGACACUGGACUUUUCAUUUUUUUUACUCUUGUAGACAUCAAUAAAAUAAAUAAUAAUCAACCGACUGUAAAGGCCUGAUCUACUCUUCUGAAUGCAGCUGUCCCACACAUUUGUUCACUAAGUACUGUCAGCUUUUAUACCUGUUUCUUAUGUGCCACGCCUGUUGUGUUAUGAUGGACUGCCUAUAGUGUAUUGUACAUUUGUAUGUAUAUAGAAACAUAUCAAGUAAACCUUAUUUGAAAGGACAA